AUGGUGGAGGCGGAAGGACCGAGGAGUGACGACUCCUCGUGGGGUCGCGUCGGCGUGGCUAGGGUUGAAAAGGGGCUGGAUUGUUCUGAAUCUUGGAAGCAAAGAAGAAAAAGAGAAGCAAAUGCCGUCAUCACCUGGUUCUCGGUCCGGUUGGAGUUGGAGGAGUUGCCAGUCAUGGAAAACGGAAGGACCGGCCUUGAUGAUAGGUAUCGUCUUCGUCUUUCCUCUGACGGAUGGAAGGCAGAAGAGGUCUCCAUGGAUCUGGCCGUUGUGGCAGAGUCUACUCGUCCAGCUAAAUGCUUUUCACACAGCAAACCUCCAUAUUCACUUCCAAUUGUCCAGUCAUCUGUUAUUAAUAAGAUUAACAAGAUUGAACCACAACAGAGGACAAUCCCACCCAAUUUCGAUCAAUGUAACGACAAGAAUGCACUUGACAUUGUGAAGCCUGUAGUGUAUACAUUGUUUUGUAUCGUUAUCGGGUUAUUCUGCCCAGUUUCGGGGUUCCAGCAACCUGCUUUUGCAGUUGUCGCUUCACCUUCAGCGGUUGUGCGUGGAUUAUUUGGGAGGAAAACUAAGGAGACUGUAGCUAGGCUGCUCAAGACAAUAGAGGAUGCCAAAAGUCCUGGCCAAGAGAAUUUUGAAAAUGUCCAGGUUGCAUUGAAGGAGGUCAAAACGACCAAGAAAGCCUUGCAAGAUGAGAUAAUGAACGGACUUUAUGCUGAGAUGAGGGUUUUGAACAGGGAAAAGGCAGAGUUGAUGAAGAGCUCUGAGGUGAUUGAGGAUAAAAUAUUGAAUGCUAAAAGGGAGGAAGAUAAUUUGACGAGGAAAGCAAGAGGAGGAGAUGAAAGAAUUGAGAGCUUCCAGGAAGAAAUGAGGCAAUGGGAGAGUGAGUAUAAUGGGAUUUGGGAGAGAAUUGGGGAGAUUGAGGAUUCGAUAAUGAGGAAGGAGACCUUGGCCUUGAGCAUUGGUGUCAGGGAGCUUUUGUUUAUCGAGAGGGAGUGUGAGGCCUUGGUCGAGGGCUUCUUACGGGAAAUGAGGCAGCGAAACAUUCAGAGCUUGCCGAAAGGCCCUGUUACCAAGCUUCCCAAAGUCGAGAUUCAGGAAGAACUGCAACGUGCGCAGAGACAAUUAUGGGAGCAAAUAAUUUUGCCAAGUGCUUUGCAAAAUGAGGAUUCAGGAUAUCUCUUUAAUCAAGAUUCAACAGCUUUUUCUCAUCGGAUACAACUGGUACUCAGGGAGUCAGCUGAGAUGAAAAAGAACCUGGAGACUAGCAUUAGAAAAAGUAUGAAAAAACAUGGUGUUGAGAGACGUAUUUUAGCAAUGACUCCAAUGGAUGAGGUUGUGAAGGGCUUCCCGGACAUUGAGUUGAAAUGGAUGUUUGGAAAGAAGGAAGUCAUAGUUCCAAAAGCCGUUGGCCUCCAUUUAUUUCAUGGUUGGAAGAAAUGGCGUGAGGAAGUUAAGGCAGACCUUAAAAGAAAUUUGCUGGAAAAUGCUGAAUUAGGUAAAAAGUAUGUGGCUGAAAGACAGGAACGCAUCCUUCUGUAUCGGGAUAGGUUAGACUCAAAGACUUGGUAUAAUGAAGAACGGAAUAGGUGGGAGAUGGACCCAAUAGCUGUUCCUUAUGCUGUGUCCAAGAAAGUUGUGCAGAGUGCUCUAAUCAGGCAUGACUGGGCUGCCAUGUAUAUCACACUCAAGGGAACGGACAAGGAGUAUUAUGUAGAUGUUAAAGAAUAUGACAUGCUGUUUGAAGAUUUUGGUGGGUUUGAUGGUUUGUAUUUGAGAAUGAUUGCAGCGGGCAUCCCUACUGCAGUUCAGCUUAUGUGGAUUCCUUUUUCGGAGUUAGAUUUGCAUCAACAGUUUCUCUUAAUAACGAGGAUAUCCUAUCAGUGCUUUAAUGGAUUUUGGAAUAGUAGCAUUGUUUCACAUGCAAAAGAGUGGACUUUCAAAAAAAUAAAAAACAUUAAUGACGACAUAAUGAUGAUGAUCGUUUUCCCUGUUGUGGAGUUCAUUAUUCCUUAUCAGGUGAGGAUGCAGUUGGGUAUGGCUUGGCCAGAAUAUUCAGAUGUAUCUGUCGGCUCAACUUGGUACUUGAAGUGGCAAUCUGAGGCUGAAACAAACUUUAAAUCAAGGAAAAAAGAUGAAUUUCAGUGGUACUUCUGGUUUUUAGUUAGAACUAUCAUAUAUGGAUACAUAUUGUUUAAUGCGUUCCGAUAUAUGAAGAGGAAAAUUCCAAGAAUUCUUGGUUUUGGGCCUUUGCGGAGAGAUCCCAACUUAAGGAAGUUACGGAGAGUGAAAGCUUAUUUUAAAUAUAGGAUGAAGAGAAUAAAACGCAAGAAGAAGGAUGGUGUUGACCCAAUAAGCACUGCUUUUGAUAAAAUGAAGAGGGUUAAAAAUCCUCCCAUAAGGUUGAGAGACUUUACUAGCGUUGAAUCUAUGAGGGAAGAAAUCAAUGAAGUUGUGGCGUCUCUGCAGAAUCCUCGUGUAUUUCAAGAAAUGGGAGCUCGUGCACCUCGGGGUGUUCUCAUCGUUGGCGAGAGAGGAACUGGGAAAACAUCCCUAGCAUUAGCUAUAGCAGCAGAAGCAAAAGUGCCUGUUGUUGAAAUUAAAGCCCAACAGUUGGAAGCUGGUCUCUGGGUGGGCCAAAGUGCAUCAAAUGUUAGAGAACUGUUUCAGACAGCGAGGGAUCUGGCUCCUGUCAUUAUAUUUGUGGAGGAUUUUGAUCUCUUUGCUGGUGUCCGUGGCAAGUUUAUUCACACCAAAAAGCAGGACCACGAGGCUUUCAUCAAUCAACUACUUGUGGAGCUCGAUGGGUUUGAGAAACAAGAUGGGGUGGUUUUGAUGGCCACUACUCGUAAUCUCAAACAAAUAGAUGAGGCACUACGGCGUCCUGGUAGAAUGGAUAGGAUAUUUCACCUUCAGCGGCCAACGCAAACAGAAAGAGAGAAGAUACUGCGUGUUGCUGCAGAAGAAACUAUGGAUGAGGAUCUUAUUGACUUUGUAGAUUGGAGAAAGGUUGCUGAAAAAACUGCUCUUCUUCGUCCUAUAGAAUUAAAACUUGUACCCGUGGCUUUGGAAGGUAGUGCUUUCAGGAGCAAGUUUGUUGACAUGGAUGAGCUUAUGAGCUAUUGCAGCUGGUUUGCAACUUUUGGUGGCAUGGUCCCCAGGUGGCUUAGGAAAACCAAAGUUGUGAAAAAGUUGAGCAACAUGCUGGUAAAUCAUCUUGGAUUGACAUUGACAAAAGAGGAUUUGCAAAAUGUGGUUGACUUGAUGGAACCAUAUGGCCAAAUAAGUAAUGGUAUAGAACUGCUGAAUCCACCUCUUGAUUGGACAAGGGAAACCAAAUUUCCACAUGCGGUUUGGGCUGCUGGUCGGGGUCUUAUGGCUCUUCUAUUACCAAAUUUUGAUGUUGUUGAUAAUCUAUGGCUUGAACCUUCUUCUUGGGAGGGAAUCGCAUGCACCAAGAUUAGUAAGGCUGGAAAUGAAGGUUCAGUGUAUGGAAAUGAAGAAUCAAGGGCAUAUCUUGAAAAAAAACUUGUAUUUUGCUUUGGCUCUUAUGUUGCAUCCCAGCUGCUGCUUCCAUUUGGGGAAGAAAAUGUUCUUUCUUCAUCAGAGUUGAAGCAGGCACAGGAGAUAGCUACACGAAUGGUUAUCCAGUCUGGAUGGCAUGAUGGUUCAACAGUUUACCAUUAUAACAAUGCGGCAACAGUUUUAAGCAUGGGAGACAACUUCGAGCUUGAGAUGGCUGCUAAAGUUGAAAAAAUUUAUUACUUGGCAUAUGAUAAGGCAAAAAUGAUGCUUCAGAAAAAUCGCAUAGUUCUGGAGAAGAUUGUGGAAGAACUGCUUCAGUAUGAAAUCUUGACGGAAAGGGAUCUCAAAAGAAUUAUUGCAGACAAUGGUGGGAUUCGAGAAAGAGAGCCAUUUUCUCUUUCAAGCACCAGUGCUGAAGAGGCCGUGGUUAGUAGACUUCUUGAUGAAAAAUCAUCGGGUACUGCACUUUUAAGUUCCGCCAACUAG